AUGAGCAAAAGUGUUCAGGUAUCAUCGGGUCCAAGAAGUAUGGAGGAGAUUGAUAAAGAUCCACAUUUAAUAUUUUCUCAGUUUCAAUACAAUGAAAAGCAGUUACAAGAAGCCCCGUUCCGACGAUACAAUCAUAAAUUAGACCUUCAUGAACCAGUCCGAUAUUAUAAAAAGUCAAAUUUAGAACCCGAAAAAUUUGUACAUUUAAUGAUGCAAUAUUAUGAAAAAAGGAAAAAACAUGAAGGUGAUUUGUAUGAUUUGGCAGAAUAUGGCUGUGAUGCCUACAUCAAGAGCAAUCCUAAUAUGAAAGAUGAAUUCAAAUUUUACAUAAUCUUUUAUAGAAUAUAUUCACUUGUAAUUUCCAUGAAAAAAAACGGCCCUAGACCAUCCCAUGCAACCAUUGAGUCACUGUUUAAGAAAGGAAAGGAAUUUCUAACAUCAAGUCUUCAACAAGGGCAAAUUACUCAAGAGGAAAAGGAACAUUAUUCCAUCAUUUUUAAGUUAAAUUAUGCCACCUAUCUGGAUGUUGCUGGAAAGUCACCAGAAGAAGCUCUCUAUUAUUUUCGAAAAGUCAUUAUGUUUUGCUUGUCUAAGCCAUCUAUAUCCGAAGAAAUUUAUAACAAAGCAGUCUAUAAUUUGGCUUUCUUUUUUAACAAGCUGAAGAUGGUAGACGAAGCAGCAGCUUGCUAUGAUUCUCUCUUUUAUAUUGCCACAUGUCAAUCUCGAAAAAAUAUUUAUUUAAAUAGAAAAACCAAAAACAUGGGAAGACUUGCAGUAAAUUGUGCCACUUGGCUAAUGAAUGCUGGCAAAUUUGAAAAGGCAAGAGAGGUAUUAAGCAAAACUCUUAGAGAGGGCCUUUAUUCCCGAGAUGAUGAACAUGACUUGAUGAAAUUGAAACAGAAAAUAUAA